AGAGCAGUUGCAGUGGUGGGAUGGUCUGAGGUUUUUCCCAGUGGAGUGAUUGUGGUCCUUGAUCGUGGUCCUGGACCUGUGGCUCUGUCCAGUCUGUCCCUGGCUACUGGAUGCCAGGUGGAUGCCAGGUCACCAUGAUGCCCUGGAAGAUGGUCAUUGUUGCACUAUUCUACUGCAAUAUCAACACAUGUGCCACUUAUCGGCAUAACAAAGUCCUUUACCCAUCAACUGUUCGAGUGAAGAGAGGGAUGGCAUCAAUGGUGAACCCUACUUUUCAGAACUCCAUAGAGGAUGUCAAUUUACUAUUUGAGAUCCUGCUGGCUGGCCUGCAGUUUGGAGACGAGCACACCCUGUUCUCCGUGCAGGACGAGGAGUUGGCCUCCCUGCGGAAGACCAAAAAGCUGGAAGUCAUCUGCGAGGACAUCCUGCCCAAAACACUCUCUGAUAUCCAUCGCCUGACCUCUGACCUUUCCAAUCACAUGGGCCACCUGCGCCUGGAGGACUUUGAGCGCACUGUGCUGACCAUGGUGUACACCGCCCAGCGGCUGGCCAACGCUACCACAGGCCAGCAGAGAGACUUGUGGGCAGAGUCCUUUGUCAGUUUGUACAGAGCUAUCAAGCUGGACCUGACAGCUGAGAACGACCUCACAGCUAAAUGAUAUUCACAAUGUUGGGGAUUGAUACUAUACUGAUACAUAUCGCUGCCUUUAUUUCCAGAUCUCUAUUGGAGAAGGAAUUUCUCUCAUUUUCUAUUAUUCAUUAUAGGUACGAUGUUUCAGCAUGAUUUUCUUGGCAACCCUUGAGUACUAUCGUAUCACAUGGACUCAAAAUGUAAGUUUCUGAGAUAUACUUUAAUCCUAUUGCUGUUUUUUAUAUGCAUUGGGACAAUACAUUUCUUUGAUUUAUUUCAAACUUUUUUAAGAUUUAUUACUAGUGUUACCCUGAACCAACUUGGAAAUGCGGAGAAAUCAGUAUGCUUACAUUCAUUUUAAAAAUAAUUUCUUUAAAAAGCACCAAUUUUUGUAAUAUUUGUAUACAGUUCUUAUACAUUGUGUUAUCAUUAAAUAU